CUUGGCUUCUGAUUUCAUGGAUGAGGAGUUUGACAGUGGAUACUACAGCUUCAGUGACAAUGCCUCCAUCAAUUCCAGUGGCUCCAUUUCUCCUUACUCUAGUGCCAUGGACCAACUGCAACAGAAGUUUCUUGAGGAUUCCAGCCUGAAAAAUGAGUGUUCUAACUUUGAUGAUCUGUGUGUGUACGAGUCCAUCAUGGAUAGUUGUUCAAAACCCUGUGAUGUUUUAGAGGCCAGGAACGUGUCGUCUGCUGUCAUUGUGUCAUCUGCCGUCAAGUUUAAGCACUCCAAACACCAGUGUCCUGUGUGCGGGAAGACCUACAGAGGAAACACCAACUUGAACUAUCACAUGGCUACCCACACCGGCAUCCGGCCUCACAAGUGUUCCAUCUGCGGCAAGGCCUUUACCCAGAAGUCCACUCUGCGCACACACUUCCGGAUUCACACAGGCGAGAAACCGAAAAAGUGCCGGACCUGCACCCGUGCAUUUGCGGACUACUCCACCUGCAUGGAGCAUGAACGGACCCACAGUGGGGAGAAGCCAUACGCAUGCCCAGAGUGUGGAAAGUGUUUCGCCCAAUCCGGAAAUAUGCUCCGACAUCGGCAGACACACAGGAAAAACUGAAAUUCCACAAAAAGUGCUUAUACAUUACAGAAUACAUUCAAGAAAGUGCCAAUAUUUACAUUCUGAAUCCCUUGUGUUGUUUUUUAGAGAGUUUGUUAUUACUGCAUGAAAUCAAUCAG